GUGUGCUCUUCAGUUCUCCCAGCUUCAUCAUGAACACUCUUAUCUUCGUCACGAUGCUCUUCGGAGCCGCCUUCGCAGCUUCUGGACUCGACAAGGACGCGCCCAUCGAGAGUCAAGUUCUGGAGACCGAUAUUGGGGGUGCUUUCAGAAAUGCCUGGUCCGGCAACGGCAUCUCCGUGCAAGAACUCGGCUCUGCCAAGGCCGGCCCCGACAACACCCUCGUCCAGGUUAUCCAGGGGGAGUAUUCGUACACGGCUCCCGACGGCACGAACAUUAGGGCCUUGUACAUCGCCGACGAGAACGGCUCCAGAGUCGAAGGUGCUCACUUGCCAGUCGCCCCACCAGCCCCUGAACUUCCCCCCUACAUCGCCAGGGCUCUCGAAUGGGCCAAGGCUCAUCCCUACAACGAGGAGGCCGAGCUCAAGAAGACUUACCAAUGAGUUCAACCCGUCUUCCACUAACCAUGGACGACCGUUAGUUUGUAUGUUGAUAAAUAAAGCGCAGUAUCUGCCUGUUCCAUAA